AGGUUAUAUGUAUCCAGGUUUUAAAGAAAGAGUAGGAAUUUGCCAGAAUAUCCUAGAAGGCGAAGGAAAAGGGUGUUUUUAGCAGAAGAAAUCUUGUGGCAGUAUAAAAGAAUGCAGAGAAAUAUGAGAAAUAUUGUGGAGAUAUUUUUAUGUGAUUAAAGAGUAAAGUAAGAGAAGCAAGGGUGAAAUUUGCAGGAAAUUAUGUCAGAGAGAUUAGGAAGACCAGUUAGAAUAUACUCAUAUACUUACUGUGAGAAAUAAAAUUGGAAAGAACAGAUGGGUUGGAUUUCAGAAUAUGUGAAAGAGAAAUAUUAGAAUGAUUCUGAAGUAUCAAGUGGCUGGACCUUUCCAACAUGCUGGUGCUUUGUAACAGAGCCAGACUGGUUUCCUAUCUCCCAGGGUUUUGCUCUUUAGUUAAAAGGGUUGUCAAUCCCAAAGCCUUUUCAACUGCAGGAUCAUCAGGUUCCGAUGAGUCUCAUGUGGCCACUGCACCUCCAGAUAUAUGCUCUCGAACAGUGUGGCCUGAUGAAACGAUGGGACCAUUUGGACCUCAGGAUCAGAGAUUCCAGCUUCCAGGAAACAUGGGUUUUGAUUGUCACCUCAAUGGGACUGCUUCACAGAAGAAAAGCCUGAUUCAUAAAACUUUGCCUGAUGUUCUAGCAGAACCUUUAUCAAGUGAAAGACAUGAGUUUGUUAUGGCACAAUAUGUGAAUGAAUUUCAGGGUAGUGAUGCACCUGUUGAACAAGAAAUUAACAGUGCCGAAACUUACUUUGAAAGUGCCAGAGUAGAGUGUGCAAUCCAAACAUGUCCAGAAUUGCUGCGAAGAGAUUUCGAAUCACUAUUUCCAGAAGUAGCUAAUAGCAAACUAAUGAUUCUGACUGUAACACAGAAAACUAAGAAUGAUAUGACUGUUUGGAGCGAAGAGGUAGAAAUUGAAAGAGAAAUGCUCUUAGAAAAGUUCAUCAGUGGUGCUAAGGAAAUUUGCUAUGCUCUUCGAGCUGAAGGAUAUUGGGCAGACUUUAUUGACCCAUCAUCUGGUUUGGCAUUUUUUGGACCAUAUACAAACAACACUCUUUUUGAAACAGAUGAACGCUACCGACAUCUAGGAUUCUCUGUUGAUGAUCUUGGAUGCUGUAAAGUGAUUCGUCAUAGUCUCUGGGGUACCCAUGUGUUUGUAGGAAGCAUCUUCACUAAUGCAACACCAGACAGCCAUAUUAUGAAGAAAUUAAGUGGAAACUAGCAGUAAUGUCAAUUUAUUUGCUGUACUAUUUGUAACAUUUGGGUUGAUCUAUAAACACUGUCAAAGACUUCAAUUUUAAAAAAAUACUUAUUUCUAAGUAUUUAUUUCAACAUUUAUCAAUUUACAACAUUCUCAAAUGAUUUGUGAUUUUUAAAUUGCAAAUGCUCAUUAUUUCUAAUAUCUUCGAAUACAUGUUGAGUACAUCCACAUCAUACAGAAUGUGGUAAUUAGCAUGUAACCAGGGUAUGAUCUCUUAUUCUUUCUCCCCUUUAUUGGAAAAAAACCUCAGUUUUAAUUGUUUUUCUCCAAAAAUAAAUACCACAUUUGGUUACGAUAA